AUGGGUAGUGGCAGUGCUAGUGUUAGCAAUCUGAAGAACGCCAUCAUAGCAUUCUUGGUUCCUCUUCCCUCCAUCCUCUUCUACCUUUCAUUCCUCUCAGCCAUUAACGGUACUGUUGCUGACCCAAAAUCUUCAUCUUUUUGGUCAAUGCUGUGGGGAUGGUGCCAUCACCACCCUCUGCUAUUAGCCAAUGUCCUUUUCUUCUUCAACGUCAAUUUGCUCUUUUGGAUCAUCGGCACAAUCCAAUCCAGCCAUUGGAUGAUUGACCCCUAUUGGACAGUGAUACCUGUCAUGCUUGUUCAUUACUAUUCAGCUCACCCUUUGGCUCAGUAUCAUUGGUGGAGGUCGAGGAUCGUGAUCUUGUUAACAUGGUUGUGGAGUAUUAGGCUCAUCCAUAACUACUUCAGACGAGAAAAGUGGCAAUGGGGUGCAAGGGAGGAUUGGCGUUUCACUGAUAUGAGUCAACAGUAUAAAAGGAAUUGGUGGUGGGCUUCCUUCUUCGCCAUCUACGUCCCUCAGCAGGUUUUUCUUAUUGGAUUAUCACUUCCUUUCUACGUUAUCCACUCGGUCAAUCAGCCCUUGAGCAUGUGGGACUUGGUAGCCAUAGUUGUCUGUGUAUCUGGCAUUGUCAUAGCAUACUUUGCUGAUACUCAGCUAUAUAACUUUGUGAGUAGAAAUGACAAGCUAAAAGGCCUAGAUAAACCCGUGGUCCCUGUACUUGACAAUGGUUUGUGGUAUUAUUCUCGGCAUCCAAAUUACUUUGGUGAGCAGCUGUGGUGGUGGGGACUAGUUGUAUUUGCUUGGAACCUCGGAUAUGGAUGGACCUUUAUAGGAGCAUUGGCUAAUACCAUGUGUUUGACCUAUGUGACUAAGCUUGUGGAGGACCGAAUGUUGAAACAAGAUCACAGAAAAGAGGCUUAUAGCCUGUAUCAGAAGACAACCUCUGUAUGGGUACCUUGGUUCAAAUCCUCUCCCUUAGAACUAAAAAGUAAGAAUGCUUGA